GUGGAGACUGACGUUGAAAUUAAACAGUAGAAGAAGAAAACCGGCAGUGACGUAUUGUGCGCAUGGCGCUUAAUGAAUGAUUUUGUCUCCUUUCAAAACCAGCUUUUUAUCGUUUUGGAACAAACAUUUCAUUUGCCAAAUUUGCAGUAGAUUACAACCCUUUAGAAGAUGGAGGCAGAUUUGUAUGACGAGUUUGGCAACUACAUCGGUCCAGAGCUGGACUCUGACGAUGAUGACGAUGAACUGGAUGCAGAAGACAGAGAUGUUGAUGAGGGAGAUGAUGAUGAUGAUGAUGAUGAGCAUGGAGAUGCUGAUGAGGAUGUCCCCGGCAUGGAGGUGGUCCUGCAUGAGGACAAGAAGUACUACCCCACAGCAGAGGAGGUUUAUGGCCCAGAAGUGGAAACUAUUGUCCAGGAAGAAGACACGCAGCCUCUCACAGAGCCCAUCAUUAAGCCUGUGAGACACAGGCAGUUCACUCUGAUGGAACAGGAGUUGCCCGCCACCGUCUACGACAUGGAAUUUCUUGCUGAUCUGAUGGAUGGCCCUGAGCUGAUCCGCAACGUCACCCUCUGUGGUCACCUCCAUCAUGGAAAGACUUGUUUUGUGGACUGCCUGAUUGAGCAGACACACCCAGAAAUCAGAAAGAGAGAUGAUGUUGAUCUGCGGUACACGGACAUUCUCUUUACAGAGCAGGAGAGAGGAGUUGGCAUCAAGAGCACUCCGGUCACAAUGGUGCUGCCUGACUCCAGAGGAAAAUCGUACCUCUUCAACAUCAUGGAUACUCCAGGUCACGUGAACUUCUCUGACGAGGUCACAUCCAGCAUGAGGAUCUCGGAUGGGGUU